CGGUUCCUUUUGCGUCACAGCCGGCGUUCGACUGGGGGUUCCCUGCGCGCGCUGCAGGGGGUGAGACGCUGAGGCUGUGUGUGCGCAGAACCGAAUAAUACCCGGUAAAGUAGGUCAUCCGAGCGACGGGCUGGUGGGACGAAGUGUCGUUUAGUCCCGUCGAAGCGUCCGCGGAGCUGCAACGUCUGUCCGACCGCUGUUUCCGUUUUGCGUCAUCCUGUUCACCUGAAAGAGAUGGUGAUGGAGAAACCGAGCCCCUUGCUUGUAGGGCGCGAGUUUGUGAGGCAGUACUACACACUCCUGAAUAAAGCUCCCGACUACCUGCACAGGUUCUAUGGGAGGAACUCGUCAUAUGUGCACGGAGGGUUGGAUGGCAGUGGAAAACCGGAGGAGGCCGUGUAUGGGCAGGCCGAGAUCCAUAAGAAGGUGAUGUCAUUACAGUUCAGUGAGUGUCACACCAAGAUCCGCCAUGUUGAUGCCCAUGCGACUUUGGGUGAUGGGGUCGUUGUCCAGGUGAUGGGAGAACUGUCCAAUAGCGGUCGACCCAUGAGGAGAUUCAUGCAGACGUUUGUUCUUGCUCCUGAGGGUUCUGCUGUGAAUAAGUUCUAUGUGCAUAAUGACAUCUUCCGCUAUGAGGAGGAAGUGUUUGGAGACUCUGAAGCUGAACUGGGAGAGUCUGAGGAAGAGGAGGUUGAGGAAGAGCAGGUGGAGGCUCAUGCCUCUCCUGAACCUGCACAGGACACCAGCACACCUUACUACGAACCUCCACCUGUCAGCAAUGGAGUAGAGGAGCAACAGGAAGAGGUGAUCCCAGAGGCGGAGCCAGAACCCCUGCCUGAGCCAGAGGCCCCUCAGGAGCCGGAGGCGGCGCUUACGCCGGAGGCGGAGUUGCAGCUGGAGGAAACGGAGCCUGACAUCGAAGAGAAGCUUCCAGAAGAGCCGGAGGAGAAGCCACCCACCCCUGUACCAGCCCCAACCCCGCCCCCCCAAACUCCCGAACCUCCCAAGACAUUCUCCUGGGCUUCAGUGACCAGUAAGAACCUGCCGCCGAGUGGCGCUUUGCCCACCUCUGGAAUCCCGCCCCACGUGGUCAAAGCUCAGAACGUGCAGCCCAGGGUGGAGGUGAAGCAGGAUGCCCCGUUGCCUAGAGACCAGCGGCGGGAGAGGCCUGGAUUUGUUCCACGAGGCUCUAGACCAGAUGGUGCUUCAGCAGAGAGCCAGGGAGGAAAGCCCUAUUUCAGCUUUAAAGGCCGCGGUGAUUCGGAUGGUGGGGAGUUGGAAGGCCGUAGGUCUGUACGUCACCCUGACAGCCAUCAGCUGUUUGUGGGGAACCUUCCUCAUGACAUCGACGAGGGCGAGCUGAAGGACUUCUUCAUGACGUUUGGUAAUGUGGUGGAGAUGCGCAUCAACACCAAGGGAGUCGGAGGAAAGCUGCCCAACUUUGGAUUUGUUGUUUUUGACGACUCUGAUCCUGUACAGAGGAUUCUGGGAGCCAAGCCCAUCAUGUUCCGUGGGGAGGUGCGUCUCAACGUGGAGGAGAAGAAGACGAGAGCUGCCAGAGAGCGGGAAACCAGGGGUGUCGGAGAUGGUCGUCGUGGAGACCGUGGCCCUGGUGGACCCAGAGGCCCUAUGGGAAAUGGAAUGGGGCGUGACCGAGAUGGGCGUGGCCCGCCCUCAUCCAGGGGCGGGAUUGGGUCAGGCAGGGGCGGUGGUCAGAGCGGCGAGAGCCGAUUUGCUGGACCACGCCGUUGAGGUGGCGCCUUCUAGAGAGCAGGAGGUAGAACUGCACGCUCUCUAAUCACAUCAAUGGGCGAAAAACUUUUUUUUUUUUUUUUUUUUUCCUUUCUUUGGCUUUUGGAAUGUGACUGGCCAUCAACCAUUUGAUGUGAAAGACUUACCUGAACUCACUCUCACACUGAUACGGAGUCGUUUCCAAAAUCUUCAUCGCUUUCUUUUGGGUUUUUUCUUCUUCUUUUUCUUUUUGCGAAGAGAAAAGGAAGGGGGUGUGGUUUAUUUUCUGUAGAACAAAAGAUGAAUGUCACAUAGGUUUCCUCAUGGAGCUGUCGACUCGCACAUUUUAUAAUGGACAUGAACAUCAAAGCUUUGAGAAAAAAAUCAACGCUCACUGUACAACUUAUUUAUUUUGUUAGUUAAUAAAAAACAGUGGUGGUGCCUUAAACCGUUCUCGCCCGAUUUCUCUCUCUCUCUCUCUCUCUCUCUCUCUCUCUCUCUUUCCCCCUAUGAAAGACAAAAGGACUGUAGUAGUCAGGUGUGGAGCUAUCGCAUUAACUCUCUCAUUGCAGAUGGCAGUAGUAUGAUAGCAAGGCAGUGUUAUCGGUACUGAUUCCCUAUGAUCCCAAACGAGUGCUGUUUAUAUGGAGUUGGUCUGUUUGUUUAUGUUUAGGUGUGUGUUUACGUUUAGGUGUUUGUUUUUAGUCUGACAGAGCUGGCUAAUCGACUUGCUGAAGCACAUCUUACGAACCUGCAGUAUUCCAUACUGAUGUUUUGUUUUGUGUUGUUCCCAAGUGUGCAGUUUAUUUUUUGCAUAUUUCCCUCUUUUCCCUGUCUGAUAUCUGAAACCACUUUGCACGGUCAUUUCUGGAACAGGAUGCCCUUUUUGAAACAGUUCUGAAGCUCGCUAGUCUUGCACUUUCUCGUCCGGCCUCUUCCCGAGCACCGGCUCCACGCCUCGGUUUGUUGUGCGUUUGGAUUCUACUCCCGAUGGCUUCAGCAGCUCAUGUUUGAAUGUGUUUUCAACUUUCAAUAAACUACUGAUAUCUGCC